CAAGAGUACAAGAACGAAACAGCUAGUCGGCAUCAUAACGUGUAUUAAGAUCGUGGACCUACAACGAUCAUAUCAAUCUCAUGUCACCAUUUGACUCAUCGAAAUUCUAUAAUCCACAAUUCUACUUCCUUAAUGCCAAAGUUAAUUGAAACCGCAUUUAUAAACCACCGCAAUUCAUAAUUUGGUCUCUCUCUAAGCCAUCUUAACCAUCAUGGAGCAACCUCUGCUACCGGAACAAAGAAGUGAAUUGGUUGAGAAUCAGAGUGGAAAGUGGAGCUCGUAUCAGUAUGUGGGUCGAACAGGUUCUGGGAUACCUACUGCUUCAUUAGCUGGAACUGAUGUAAGUGUUGAUGAAAUUCGAUCUGCUGCUGCUGUUUCUUCUGCAGGUUACUAUCCAUCCCUUCAUGGGGCUUUGGAUGGAUCACCUGAGUUUGAUCCUGCAGUGCAAGCUCUUGUUUAUCAAGGCGGAAGUUAUGGUGGAUCCAGACCUGAAUUCCGGAGGGAAACCUUGGAUGAAGUAGAGAUACGAGAGUUGCUCAUUGAUCACGUUGGUCAUCGUUGUUGUUGGGGUAGCCGUCCUGCUCGAACAUGGAAGAUUCAUGCAGUAGAAGACUGUAAUGUUUAUGUUGGAACUCUGGAUACGUUUACAGAAGAAAGAGAGAUCGUAAAAGAAACAGAACCAUACCUUGGUGGCAGUAUCGAUGGAAAGGAUAAUGGACCUGAACUUAGUGUUUGGGAAUUGGAUCUAAGGUCUCAGUUCCCUUUUCUAUUUGUACCCUUCAGAGAAGUGCGUGAAAGUAUUCCCCAUUCUGAAAUUAUUGAGAAAUGCUCAGGUUGUGCCGGCCGAGGAGAGCUAGUCUGUGCUACAUGCAAUACAGACCAAGAACCUGGACAUUAUAAAGAAAAUCAGAUGACUCAGUGCUCUACAUGUUACGGAAGGGGUUUGAUUGCACAUAAAGAUGGUUCUGAUACAAUAUGUGUGAAAUGUAAUGGUAAAGGGAAGCUUCCCUGUGGGACUUGUGGAUCUCGAGGAUUACUUAAGUGUGAAACGUGUACUGGAAGUGGUUCUCUUUUAUCACGCAGCGUGGCAAUUAUUAAAUGGAAGACACUUUCAACUCGGAAAGUAAGUGCGACUAAAGGAGCAGCAUCAGUACCUGAUGAGGUUUUCCAUAGAUCCAAAGGUGUUCAAUUAUGCAACACUCAGGCUCACCAAUGCACUCCUGCCUUUUUUGCUGAUUCAUUUUUUCUCAACAUGUUCUCUUCUGAAGUCAUUGCUGACAGAGCUCAGGUACCUACCACUGCAAGGGUAAUUUGUGAGAGACAUAUAAUCUCAGUUGUGCCAGUAACUCGCGUCACCAUGUCUCAUCGCCGGCAAUCCUUCAGUUUCUAUAUUGUUGGAUAUAGCAGGGACGUUUACUUAAAGGAUUAUUACCCUUCUAGAUAUUGCUGGGGCUUGUGUCCUUGUUUGGAGUGGUUAAAGUUGUAAUGUUUUGAGGUUGUGUAUGUUCUUAUACAUAUGUUUGCAUGAUUGUUCUCUUUUCUUUGUUUUGAACAAUAACAGAAGCAUAUUUCUAGGUUUAUAAAGGGCAUUUGUUGUAUGACAUUGGCAUGUACGGUUCACAACUAUGGAUAUAUUUAUGUACGAAAUAAAGCCAAAUUCAAAUGGUGUAUACAUAGAUGUUAUUAUUAUUCUAAAUGGGACCAAAUUUCUAUAA